AUGUCUCAAAUUUUACUCUCUUCUCCUUCAAAUUCUACUAUCCUCGAAAACCCUUAUAAAGCAGCCCUUACUCUCUUCAUCAAUCGCCAAUUCGCAGCAGCAACUGCCCGCAUUGAACCCAUCAUUCUCCCAUCAAAAAAUAAUAAUAAUAAUAAUAAUAAUAAUAACAACAACAUCAACCCUCUCUCCCAGUCAUACUUUAUCCGACUAUGGAACCUUUACCUUGCCCUUAUUAAUCUCGCUGUAGAACAUUCGGUCGUAGCUACCCGCUCCCGUAACGAAAUCCUUGAUUCAGAUACCCUCUCCUUAAGUUCCAUUUCCUCUUCUUCAUCAUCAUCUUCAUCUUCUUCCCCAGAAUGGGGCCCUGAUUCAACCCUACGUAAACGACUUGCAGCUCUUGCAACCUCCUCUUCUCCUUCUCUCUGGGACCUUGCUACUUCUUCUGCUGCUUCUCUUCUACCACCUCCAUCAACUCUACCCCUCAAUACUGUUAUCCCCCUUGUCUCCCUCGUUUCCCGUCAUUCCCAACAUUCAACUACAACCCUCACUGCACUCCGUGCCAAUCUCGAAACUUAUAUGGCCAGUGUCCCCCUCGAAAACAUCGAAGAAGAUACCCGACUGGCAGAGCUUUAUGUUCUUAAAGUUCUCCUACCUCUCCAUGAUUAUGCAUACGCUGCAGAAUAUGUCGGUCUCUGUGCUGCUACCUCCAUGGACAAAAAUAACCGCCCAAGUUUAAUCGCUGCAGUUACCGCUCAUGAGCUGCGGCAUACCGAAGAGCUUCUACAGAUGGAAAAGGCCACUCAGCUAGCCCUAGCUCAAGCUAGAGAUAGAGAAGUAAAAGAAUCUAAAAACUUGGUUAAAGAUACUCCAACCAAUUUACGUAGUACUACUACUAAACGUCCAGUGACUAAAUCAAAAACCCCCCGCAAAAAGAAAUCUGAAAAACAACAACAACAACAACAACAACAACCCCACGCAAUUCCACCUGCUCCACUCCCGCAAUCUAUUUCUCUCUGGUCAAAAAUCUCCGCAGCUUUGACUUUCGCCCGAGUUGCAACUGUAGUAGCUGCAAUCCUCUUCUUCCUUACUUUUGUACGCACUGCUGCAGCCCGUGCCCGUGUUCGUGCCGCUCUUGCCCGCGUUUGGUCUAAGCUCGCUCAUACACUCAAAAUGGGUACCAAAGUUAGUUAUGUAUAA